CCAAGCCACGUAGUGAAUGGAACAGAAUUGGAACGGACUUUAUUUGCAGAAGAGAUCAAUCCGCCGUCCAUAGCAACGCCGUUGCUAAGGACACCAUUUUUUCCGCGCCAGGGGGAUGAAAUUUCAUCCGAGUUUGACAGCGAAUUGCAACAUCAUGUGCGGCCUCUUCGGCGAAAUGGCGAUCAUCCUUGCCUUCACUGACUCUAUCUGUAAGUAUGUCUCCAAUCAUGCCACCUUCUCUUCUGACAUUUUGUUUUCCCUUAAUGCGCACCCUGGAGCUUCCGUAUAUGAUUUGACUUCUGACAUCUCUCGUCACCCUUUUGUUGAGCCUGACCUGGUGUUCUUGCAUGCGGGGACUAACUGUCUUCCCAUGCACCGUCCACUCAGCCGGACUCUUGAUGAUUUCAGUUACCUUAUUUCUGUUACCAAGUCUCGCUUCCCGUCAGCCUCUGUUGUCAUCUCUAGCAUCCUGCCUAGGUUUGACUCUGAGGUCUAUGACAGGAGGCGGUCUGAGUUAAACUCUCAUUUGCUUCGCCUAUGUUCAAGCCAGGGUGUGUUUUUACUUGACAAUGGUAGCCGGGCUCGCCGGGCCAUGUUUUCUGUUGAUGGUUUACAUUUGAGUAGAGCAGGGAACAUCAGCUAUGCCAAGUAUCUUUCUUUUUCUUUGAGCCACUACCUGCAGCUGCACCGUCGCAGCUGCCAGCAUCGCUUUACGUUGAGGGGUGAGGAGUGGCCUGGGUUGGGGACGGAUGGACGAAGUGGGAAGAAGGACAAGGAGCAUCCAGGAGAGGAGCCGAAGUCAGGGGAGUACCAGGGACAGGUGGAGUGGGCUAGGGUAGUCCGACAGGGGGGACCUGUAGCUAGGCCGGCCCCAGGGAAGGUAGAGGGGAAGGGUCCUUCCCAGCCAAGGGGGGUACCUGUAGCUAGGGCGGCCCCAGGGAAGGUAGAGGGGGGUAAUGCAGGGAAGGGUCCUUCCCAGCCAAGGGGGGUACCUGUAGCUAGGGCGGCCCCAGGGAAGGUAGAGGGGGGUAAUGCAGGGAAGGGUCCUUCCCGGCCAAGGGAAGUAGCUGUAGCUAGCGCGGCCCCAGGAAAGGUAGUGGGGGGUAGUGUAGGGAAGGGUCCUUCCCGGCCAAGGGGGGUAGCUGUAGCUAGACCGGCCCCAGGGAAGGUAGAGGGGGGUAAUGCAGGGAAGGGUCCUUCCCAGCCAAGGGGGGUACCUGUAGCUAGGGCGGCCCCAGGAAAGGUAGUGGGUUGUAGUGUAGGGAAGGGUCCUUCCCGGCCAAGGGGGGUACCUGUAGCUAGGGCGGCCCCAGGGAAGGUAGUGGGGGGUAAUGCAGGGAAGGGUCCUUCCCGGCCAAGGGGGGUACCUGUUCCUCAGCCUAGACUGCCCCCAGGGAAGGUAGAGGGGGGUAGUGCAGGGAAGGGUCCUUCCCGGCCAAGGGGGGGACCUGUUCCUAAGCCUAGGGUUGCCUCAGGGAAGGUAGAGGGGGGUAGUGUGGGGAAGGGUCCUUCCCGGCCAAGGGGGGGACCUGUUCCUAAGCCUAGGGUUGCCUCAGGGAAGGGUGGAGUAGUUGUAAGCUUAGGAAGGGCAAGGAGAGUACAGGUGUAUUAG